CCCACGCUAGCGGAAAAAUUGGCAUUAUGGGAUAAAGGCGGAAUAUAUUUGGGAGGUUCCGGAUUCCCUGGAUUGGCCUGGAAUAGGUAGAAACAGGACGUCUUAAGUAAUUAUUUAUUUACGUACAUUAAUCAGAGUUGGCUUGAGACCAGAAAAAUGUCUCAGUCUGCAGAAAAGGGGAAGUUUCCCGAGGCAGCAGGAUAUGUGGGCUUUGCCAACCUGCCUAACCAAGUCCACAGGAAGUCUGUGAAGAAGGGCUUUGAGUUCACUUUGAUGGUUGUGGGAGAGUCUGGUCUGGGGAAGUCUACUCUGAUCAAUAGUUUGUUUCUGACGGACCUCUACCCCGAACGCUACAUACCAGGGGCUGCAGAGAAAAUUGAGCGAACUGUGCAGAUUGAAGCAUCUACUGUAGAAAUAGAGGAGCGGGGGGUGAAGCUUCGCCUGACAGUGGUGGACACGCCUGGGUACGGAGAUGCAAUUAACAGCCAGGAUUGCUUCAAGACCAUCAUCCAGUAUAUUGACAACCAGUUUGAGCGCUACCUCCAUGAUGAGAGCGGCCUGAACCGGAGGCACAUCGUGGACAACCGUGUUCAUUGCUGCUUCUACUUCAUUUCACCCUUUGGCCAUGGACUGAAACCCCUCGAUGUAGAAUUCAUGAAGGCCAUCCACAGCAAAGUGAACAUUGUGCCCGUCAUCGCCAAGGCUGACACGUUAACACUGAAGGAACGAGAUCGCCUGAAGAGAAGGAUUCUGGACGAGAUUGCAGAGCAUGGAAUUCGUAUCUACCAGCUCCCGGACGCUGACUCGGAUGAAGAUGAGGAGUUCAAGGAGCAGACACGUGUGUUAAAGGCCAGUAUUCCAUUUGCGGUCAUCGGAUCCAACCAACUGAUUGAGGUGAAGGGGAAGAAGAUCCGGGGCCGGCUGUAUCCCUGGGGGGUAGUGGAGGUGGAGAAUCCUGAACACAACGACUUCCUCAAGCUGCGCACCAUGCUUGUCACCCACAUGCAAGACCUCCAGGAGGUGACCCAAGACCUACACUAUGAGAACUUCCGCUCCGAAAGGUUAAAGAGGGCGGGCAGGGCUGUGGAAGAAGAUGUCAUGGACAAGGACCAAAUCCUCAUGCAGAAAGAGGCUGAGCUGCGCCGAAUGCAGGAGAUGAUUGCAAAAAUGCAGGCACAGAUGCGAAUGAAGCCAGGAGAUGAGUGAGAGGUGGACAGCACCCCACCCCCAACUUCGGGCCCUACCAGCACAGACCACUACCUGGACGAUUCCCUGUGUGUUUCCUCCCCGCCCCACUGGAGCACCCCUCCCCAUGUUCAUGACUUUGGAAACCCCACUGUAGUUCUGGAAGAGCCACAGCAAACCAGCUGUCAUAUCAUCAAUGUUAGGCCUUAUUGGAGGGGUACCUUUUGAAUACUCAGACAUUAAAUGCAUUUCCUUAGGAAAUGUAAAACUUUAGAACAAGUGUCCUGUGUUGGUAGUGAAAAUAAAUGUGUUUCCAGUUAAUGUCACAUAAUCUGUAAAUCUGAGGGUACUGAAAUUGUAUAAACACAUCUAAUCUAGUACAGACAUUCUAGCUUAGCCAAUGAUUUUAUUUUAUCGUGGUACCAAAAUGAAUACCUCAUACCUUAAACUCGUAUAGUUCUGUGAUGGGGUAUGUAAUUAAUUUGAAACGUCUGAAGUUCUCACAAAAUUGCUGCACGUUCAAGAAUGUUUUACAUUUGCUGGAAAUAAUGUUUGUGGAUAUAAAUCACAGGGAAUGAACAAUCCAAUACAGUUCACUACUUCCAAAUCCUUGGUGCUGGUUUACCCGCUCAUGCAGUUUUCCCCGUGUUUUUCUCCAUCUGCCUUUAAACGUCCUUGCUGAGGUUCCUUUUGAACGCCUCCCAAAUACUGAAAGCAGAAGGAACUCGGUUAUAGUGGCUAGAUAAAGUUAACCAUUGAACUAUCCACAUUUGAGUAUGAUUGAGAAUGAAUGUUGCUAAAUGAACUGGAGUGUGCUGUUUCAGCAGGAUAUUUAUAAAUAUACAAAGCUGCAGUCUUACCAAUGUUCUGAAGCUCAGAAAUGGUCAAACUGCAAUGUUUUACAACUAGAAUAGUUUUUUUGGCCCCUGUAAUACUGUCAAAUUAUCAGUCAUGCUUGGAUUUAAUACCCAGCUGGUACAUUGGUACGGAGUUUACAUUACAAAUGGUAUGAUCAUGAUUUCAACCUGAACCAAGUAGGCUUUCAGUAUUUACCACUGGGAGGAAGGGACUGCAUUCUUUCAGAUUUUUAUAAAACAAUGUACGAUUUAAACACUCUUAUUUUGGUAACUUAAUACUAACUGAUGAUUUUUUUUUUUUUUUUUGCAUUUUUGACAAUUAUGACUUUAAUGCUUAUUUUCUAUUGGCUAUUAUUCAUUUUAAACCCCACCACUAUGUUCAAAUGGCAUCUAAUGACUUUUAUUCUCCUAGAGAUAGAACACAAAUUAAUAUGUAUGUUCCUUUACAAUGUGGCAUGACAUUCACGUGUCUGCAGGUGUGCAUUUAAAGGAAUACUAUAUUGCAAAGUAUCACAUGUCUUCUAUGAAAGGGUUCAUUAUGCAACUGCCUGUCUUUGCUCAUCCACUUCUCAAUAUACUGAAAUCUGCAUCUUGAGAUUGAUAUUUUAAAAGUGGUUUAUUAUUGUCUUUAAAAUGUCAGUCCACAGUGAGUUAUACUGGAAUUCUGUGUUGGAUACUUUUUUGGAUAAUUUGCAUAACCACAAAGCCAGUAACCUUAGCGUGAACUAUAUACUAUUUCAUUGACAAACUUCUCAUAGUUGACAAUUGGAAUACAGUGAGAGGUGAAUGUUUUAACUAUUUUGUGUUAGAGAACUUCAUAAAUAUUUAUUCAACUCUCACCCACAAACUUAACACAGAAUACACUGGUUGCUUUUCAGCUAUUACAUUUAUUUUGUUUUGCUCUAAUCUAUCUAUCGUUAAUAUUUAUGGAAUCAUUACAGAGCAAGCCCAGUUUAGCUUGGACAAUGACAUUCAUCCCAUAACCAAGAUGGUGAUUGAUAGUGCCCCUCUCCCUAAGCUUUGCUGGGGGCAUUAGUGUUGCAGAGACCUGUGGGAAAACCCGGAAGAGGCUCACAGUUAGUUUGUCUUCUCGGUUUAUUUCACUAGUUUUUUUUUUUUUAAUUGCUGCCAAACCAUGUGGGGUAAACUAUAAAACUGUACUGCAUUUUCACUGUUUUUGUACCUUAACAUAAUGGUUUACUCAACUAUUUGAAAAAUAAAGUUUUUCAAAAGAAA